AUGGAGGGUUAUGCAGGUUACAGAAAGGGCAGAGAAAUUAAUUCACACUCACAUUCUAACUCAAACCCUUCUUUUUCUUCCACACUUCUUGAUGCUAUUUAUCGUUCGAUCGACGAGGGAGAAGAGGAAUUAGUAGUGUACAAAGAAACCAUGAAGAAGAAACAGAAUGAUCAUGUGGGCUUUCAAAGUGAGGAAGAAAUGGCAAAUUUUCGAAGAGCUUGCAUGAUAGAGAAAUGGAUGGAGAAAAAGGUGAGUGAAAAAGUGGUUGUCAGGAGAAAAUCCAUGGCUGAUUUUGAUAGCAAAUCAAGAAAAGAUAGUGGAAAUUUUGGGAAUUCUUUGUUCUUGAAAUCGAGUUCGAGUUCUUCGGAUUCGAGUUGUGGAGGUGGAUUUUCAUCCUCAGAAGCUGAAUCUGUUCAUGUGGUUUCAUCAAGAACCUCUUGUUAUGGCUUGCAAAGGCCUAAACCAAUUCGAACAAGCGUUACGGCUUCUGAGAAAGAAAAAACCAGCAAGUAUGAUAAAGUGUUUGAUGAUAAUACUUGUCGUCCAAAACAUAAGAAUGAAGGAGGAUUUAUGAAAACAAAAUCUAAAGCUUCGAAAAUUUAUGGGGAUUUGAAAAAAGUUAAGCAGCCAAAUUCCCCUGGAGGAAGACUUGCAAGCUUUUUGAAUUCACUUUUCACUGCAUCAAAUGCUAAGAAAUCCAAGAUUUCAUCAAAUGGAGCUUAUGAUGAUCAUUCUUCAACUGUAAAGUCUGCGAAUGCAUCGACAUGUUCAUCAGCCUCUUCGUUUUCGAGAUCAUGUUUAAGCAAGACUCCAUCUUCAAGGGGAAAAUCGAGUAAUGGGACGAAAAGAUCGGUUAGAUUUUAUCCUGUAAGUGUAAUUGUUGAUGAAGAUUGUCAGCCAUGUGGGCACAAAUCUUUACAUGAAGAUAAACAAAAUUCGGAGCCUAUAAACAGUAGAAUCACAAGUUCCAUUAAUGAUGAGCUGAUGGUGCAUCUUAUGGAGAAGAAUCAUCGAGUCGAAGAGGCUGCUAGAGAUUUGUUGAGGAAUUAUCAGAAGAAGGUUGAGACUAAAUUUGAUCCGGAAAAAACCCACGUCAAAAAUCUAGCUUUUGAUAAUCAAGACGAAGAUUUAGAGGAAGAUGAGGAUGACGACGAUGUGGCAAGUUGUGCAAGUUCGGAUCUUUUCGAGCUCAAUAAUCUUUCUGCCAUUGGAAUGGAGAGGUAUAGAGAAGAAUUACCGGUGUAUGAAACUACUUAUCUUGAUACAAAUCGAGCUAUUGCAAAUGGCUUGAUAUUGUAA